GUUCUUUGUCUUUUGUCCUUUGUUCUCCUCGAUCGCUCCUCCCUGGCUUUUGCGCCGUCCGGUCAGGAUGAGCCCCAGCCCUAAGGGCAAGGACAUCAUUGUCAUCGUCUCCGUCCUGGUCGGUGUGGCCACCCUCAGCACGGCCCUCCGGGUCGUCGCGAGGAUCAAGCGCCAGACCGGCUUCGGCGUGGACGACUACCUCUGCUUCGUGUCGAUCCUGCUCAUGAUCGGGAUGUUGGUUGAACUGAUCCUCUGGUGCGGCAUUGGCGGCAAUGGCUACCACGUUUCCGACCUCGACCCGCAGACGCUCGUGCUUUUCUACCAAAUCUUCCUCUCCAACCAAUUCACCUAUUUCGCCCUCACCCCGGCCAUCAAAAUCUCCAUCAUCUGCUUUUUCCGCCGACUCUUCACCACUAAGCCCUUUCUCCGGUUCACCUUCUACCUGAGCACGCUCAUCGCCCUCUGGUCCACGGGCAUCUUCCUCGCAUGCGCAUUCCAAUGUCGACCGCUGAGCAAAUUCUGGGACCCAAACAUCGAAGGCCAAUGCUUCAACGGAAUGACCUUCAUCAUCGUCAACCAGGCGUUCAACGUAAUUAUGGACUUCGUAAUCCUGGCAGCCCCGGUCCCCAUGAUCUGGAGUCUGCAUCGCUCGUGGCAGGAUAAGUUGGCCCUGAAUGCGGUUUUCGCACUGGGGGGGUUUGUUUGUUUCGCAAGUAUAUACCGCAUCGUGGUGCUUUUUCACAUCGACCAAGCCGAUGAGACAUACACCAUCUACGAAGCCACCCUAUGGACGCACAUCGAACCCUCCGUCGGCCUCGUAGUCUCCUGCCUCCCGAUCAUCCGCGGGAUGUUCCCGCGCUUCAUGCUAGGAUCGCAAAAGAAACACACCGGCUCGACCCCACCACACUCGUCCACAGGCCCGACUGUCCCCGGCGGAACCUAUACCGACCCCUCCGACACAAAGAAACUCCUCUACAAAGAUGACCGUGUUAGAGGCCGAAUGUGGAACCGGAACAGCGCUCUCGAACUGAAAGAUAUAACGGUACGAACGGACAUCGAAGUAGCGGUUGGUUAACCAACCCAACCCAACUCAACCCAACCCAACCGAUCUGAUUGCGGGCUGCGGGUUGCGGGAAGCUAUAACUAUAUGAUUAUAUCCAUGUGCACUAUACCACCUAUCACCUGAGCAGGAAACUAAUUCCCUUCUGUAGGUUAUAUAAUUCCCUCUCUUUCUUCAAGAUGCGUAUUUGGCAGACGAGACGUGCUGUGUCGGUCGUACAUUGUACUACGGUCGUGAUGGCGCAUGAUGCUGACGAGGGCACAAAGGAAUUGAGGAAUUUGAAACUAGACCUCGUUCUGGGGGGUCUGUGGAACCGGAUCUUGGCUUGAAGAAUUUUAGCCGGACUUCCUUCAUAGUACAGUAAGAAGACUUUUUGGGUUCAUCAAUAGCCACCACAUUCAUGUCAUGCAGACCUUGGUACUAGUGAUAGCUCAAG